CGAAGAAGAGCCGGCUGCUGGAAGGGAGUGGAGGAAACCCAAAGCCUCAAGACUGGAACAGAUCAAAGACUGUUCAGGGAUUUUAUCUGUAAAUAGUAUUAUUAUUGUUUAACUUUUUCAUACUAUCUCCUUUUUCUUUUUUUUUAACGGACUUGUAGAUAAUUUGAACUUUUGGAUUGGAGUUAGUUUAUCUUUUGGCACUUACAUGUGUGAGGGUUAGAUAUGGGAGAGUCAGAGCAGAGGGAGGAGCUGCAGGGUUCUCAUGUCAGGGCUCUUUCUAAUGGUAAAUAGAGGGUCACAUGGGGCAAUAGCCUUGGAGCAGUGGGAGAAAAAAGGGAGGGAAAGGAACAAGGAGGGAGAGGGACAAAAUACCCUGAAGGACUUUGGUCUGCCUCAUGUGCUGGGGCAGUACUUUCACCCUGAGUUUAAAGGACACUACAGGUAGAAAGGAAACAAAGGAAUGCCAUGUUGUGGUUAAGUUUAACUUUAAGUCUCGCAGAGAUCCUGACAGGGUUUUAGAUGUUUGUUAAAAACAUCUCAAAAGACUUCAUCUAAAGACUUUUAAACUGUGGGUGUGAAAGUCCACCGGCUACUACCACCUUCCUGGUUGUCAUUACACCUGUUCAGAGUCUCUUCCGGGCAACAGAACAACCAAGAUGCCCACUAACUUCACCGUGGUGCCUGUGGACGAUGUGAAGGAGGGCAGUAACGGUGGGGCUCCGGAAGAAGAGAGCAAACCUAUCAGUCUGAGGAAAAUCUUUCAAGAUAAAAAGGGUGUGGAUAACGUUCAAGAACCUCAUUCAGAAGGAGAAGAUGAUCAGAAAGAGUCCAGUCCAUUCAUCAACGGAGAGCAAGACAAAGAAUACAGUUAUGAAGGGAAGAACAUGGCCCUGUUUGAGGAGGAAAUGGACAGUACCCCUAUGGUAGCAUCACUUCUCAACAAACUGGCCAAAUACACCAACCUUACCCAGGGAGUUCGUGAGCACGAGGAGGCUGAAGAUGGGGUCAGGAGAGUCGCAGUCACGGUACCCCAGAUGGGAACAUUCAUCGGGGUUUACCUGCCCUGCAUGCAGAACAUUAUUGGUGUGAUUCUCUUCCUGCGUCUUACCUGGAUAGUCGGCACCGCAGGGAUCCUCGGAUCUCUCGCCAUCGUUUCCAUGUGCUGCAUCUGUACCUUGCUCACAGCCAUAUCGAUGAGCGCCAUAGCAACAAACGGAGUUGUACCAGCUGGUGGCUCAUACUACAUGAUCUCCAGGUCCUUGGGUCCAGAGUUUGGAGGAGCAGUGGGUCUGUGUUUCUACCUGGGAACCACUUUUGCUGGAUCCCUGUACAUACUGGGCACCAUAGAGAUUCUUCUGACGUACAUUGUUCCAACAGCCACGGUGUUCAAAGACAACGGUGAUGCAGCAAAGCUCAACAACAUGCGCCUGUAUGGCACAUGCUGCCUGGUGCUGAUGGCUCUAGUCGUGUUUGUAGGUGUGAAGUAUGUGAACAAACUGGCUCUGGUGUUUCUCUCUUGUGUGGUUCUUUCCAUCAUGGCCACCUAUGCAGGAGUCAUCAAGACGCUUAUUGAACCCCCAGAGUUUAAUGUCUGUUUGUUGGGGAAUCGCUCUCUAAAGAAUGAAAUGUUUGAUACAUGUACAAAGAGGGAAGAAGACCAAACCGUCUUCACCAACCUGCGGGAUCUUUUCUGUAACAGCAAAUAUCCAAACGCAACCUGUGAUGAAUACUACUCCCUAAACAAUCUGACAGAAAUACGGGCUAUACCCGGGCUUCUGAGCGGAGUCAUCAGAGACAACUUGUGGGACAACUAUGGUCUAGCUGACACGAUGAUAGAGAAAAAAGAUCUGCCUUCAAUAUCCCCUCUAGUUUCAUCCACUGACAAAGAUGAGCACUACGUCCUCCGUGACAUCACUACAUACUUCACUUUGUUAGUAGGGAUAUACUUCCCCUCUGUCACGGGUAUAAUGGCUGGUUCUAACAGGUCUGGGGAUCUUAGAGAUGCCCAGAGGUCCAUCCCAAUCGGAACUAUUCUGGCUAUUCUCACCACCUCGUUCAUCUAUAUCUCCUUUGUUGUCUUGUUUGGCGCUUGUAUUGAAGGAGUUGUGCUGAGAGACAAGUUUGGUGACUCAGUAAAGAAGAACCCUGUUAUUGGGAUUCUGGCCUGGCCGUCGCCUUGGGUGAUUGUGAUUGGCUCAUUUUUCUCGUGCUGUGGUGCUGGUCUGCAGAGCCUCACUGGCGCCCCUCGGCUGUUGCAAGCAAUCGCACGCGAUGGCAUCAUCCCGUUCUUACAGGUCUUCGGUCAUGGGAAGGCUAAUGGCGAGCCCACUUGGGCUCUUUUGCUGACAGUUGGAAUCUGCGAGAUUGGAAUCCUCAUCGCGUCACUGGAUAACGUAGCGCCCAUCCUCUCCAUGUUUUUCCUGAUGUGCUACCUCUUUGUCAACUUGGCCUGUGCUGUUCAGACCUUGCUGCGUACGCCUAACUGGAGACCUCGCUUUAAGUUUUAUCACUGGACCUUAUCCUUCUUGGGAAUGAGUCUCUGUCUCUCCCUCAUGUUUGUCUCCUCCUGGUACUACGCGCUGGUCGCCAUCAUGAUAGCUGGCUGUAUCUACAAAUACAUUGAGUACAGAGGGGCGGUGAAGGAAUGGGGUGACGGGAUCCGAGGUCUGUCCUUAAAUGCAGCACGUUACGCUCUCAUCCGCCUGGAGGAAUCACCACUGCACACCAAAAACUGGAGGCCACAGCUGUUGGUGCUGUGCAAGCUGGACUCGGACCUGGCAGUGAAGCAUCCUCGUCUCCUGUCCUUUACCACGCAGCUCAAAGCAGGGAAGGGCCUGACCAUCGUCUGCUCAGUCCUGGAGGGCACGUUCAUGACCUGCAAGAAGGACGCCAAGACUGGAGAGGAGAACUUGAAAGCAGCUAUGAGUGCUGAGCGGACCAAGGGUUUCUCUCACGUGGUGGUGGCAUCCAACCUGCGAGACGGUUUCUCCAUACUAAUCCAGUCUGCAGGACUGGGAGGGAUGAAACACAACGCCGUCCUGAUGGCCUGGCCAGCUGGCUGGAAACAAGCCCGCGGCUCCUUAGCGAGGAGAAACUUCAUAGAGACAGUGAGAGAGACGACAGCGGCACAGCAGGCUCUGCUGGUUGCAAAGAACAUUGACCAUUUCCCCAACAACCAGGAGCGUUUAAAGGAGGGUACUAUUGAUGUGUGGUGGAUCGUACACGACGGCGGACUGCUCAUGUUGCUGCCUUUUCUUCUUACUCAGCACAAGGUCUGGAGGAAGUGCAACAUGCGGAUCUUCACCGUGGCCCAGAUGGAUGACAACUCCAUCCAGAUGAAGAAAGACCUCCAGAUGUUUCUGUACCAUCUACGCCUGGAUGCAGUGGUGGAGGUGGUGGAGAUGCAUGACAGUGAUAUCUCAGCAUUCACAUAUGAGAAGACACUGGUGAUGGAGCAGAGAUCGCAAAUGCUCAAACAGAUGCAGCUGUCCCGGACUGAGAGGGAAAGAGAGAUUCAAAGCAUCACUGAUGUAUCUCGCGGCUCCAUAAAGAGGAGGAAGUGGUCUGGUGUUGAUGCCUCACCCCAUAACACUCAGAGCAUACCAGAGGAUGAGGCCCAGUUGAUUCAUGACCGGAAUACCGCGUCUCAUUCUGCAACCAACGAGAAGGCUGCAGGGUCCCCGCCAGACCGCGUCCACAUGACGUGGACCAAAGAUAAGCUGCUGAAUGAAAGAAACAAACAGAGAGAAGGGAUGGCAGUCAAGGACAUGUUUAAUAUGAGGCCCGAGUGGGAAAAUCUUAACCAGUCCAAUGUGCGGAGAAUGCACACAGCUGUGAAGCUGAAUGAAGUGGUGGUCAAAAAAUCACGCAAUUCACAGCUGGUCUUGCUCAACAUGCCAGGCCCACCCAAGAGCAAGAAAGGUGAUGAGAACUACAUGGAGUUCCUGGAGGUUCUCAUGGAAGGCCUGGACCGUGUCCUGUUGGUGCGUGGAGGAGGUCGGGAGGUUGUUACUAUCUAUUCUUAGCACCAAGAGGAACCGAGGGAUUUAAGAGAAACUGUGAGGAAACAUGGUAAGACAGUGGGAAUCCGGGUGGAAGAGGCUGAUGGGAGAUGGAGAACAUUGAGCGGCUUUGACAGAAGGGCAAUCAGAAGAAAAGAAGGACCGUGAGCUCCGUCUGCAGCUCCGUACACCUCCUGGGAGUAAAAAGGGUUUGACUGUCGAGCGUCUUCAUACCACAAGAAAAGAACCAGGUAGCUGCACUGGAAAAACGUUUUAUUGAAAGGCUUGUUAUUUCAAGUAAGCAAAACAUUCCUUCACUGGACAUUUGCUGAAAGAGAAAUGACUAGUUAUUGUACCUGCUAUUGAUGACUCGUUUCACUGACAAACAGACAAAAUAAACACAUUUUUAAUUUCAGUGCCAAUUUUGAAAGGUUUUAUCAGCAGACUGUAUUUCAAAAACCUCUGAUUAAGGAACAAUUGUAUGAGCUGUUUAGCCUUAUAUUGGAAAGAAUAACAUCAAAUUCAAACUAGUGUGUUACCAUAACUGCUAAAGUGGUAUCGAUAGACUUAUUAAUAGUGUAAACUGUGCCAAAAUGUGAUCAAAAAGGAAGAAGUGAAAACAGAUGAACCACACCUCCUGUGGUUUGUGUUUAUAGAACAUUUCAUUAGUUUUGUAGUGGAUCAAAAUUUUUGAUAUAAAAGCUUCUUUCAUAAAGGAGGACGUCAUCUUCUACCUUGUACUUUUUACGGCAUAAAUUUAGACUGUGUAGUUGCCUUUUUUUUGUAAUUUUGCCUUUUUUUCGCACUGACAAAUGUUUCUGUAAUUAAUGUGUU